UCGAGGCCUUUGGCUGUUUGGCACCCGCUCCGCUCGGUAAGGCACAUUCUGGACGGAAAAACACAGAGACACUUCCUCAUAUGACGAGCAGCAGAUCACUCAGGGUCUUUGAAGAGGGUCCAGUCAGCCGUUAGUCGUGCAGUAGUUUCCCACAGCACCCGAACGCAGCACCUGCUCGGUUUCCACAGCAACGCCUGACAACAAACGAAGAUGGUUUACAUCACAGAGGACAUGGUCCGCCGGCGAGCCGAGCACAACGAGUGUGAGAUCUUCUCCUUGGAGGAAGUUUCUCUGCACCAGCAGGACAUCGAGAGGAUCGAACACGUGGACAGGUGGUGCAGGGACCUGAGGAUCCUCUACCUGCAGAACAACCUCAUCCCCAGGAUCGAGAACGUCAGCCGCCUGAAGAAACUGGAGUAUCUGAAUCUGGCCUUGAACAACAUUGAAGUUAUUGAAAACCUUGAAGGCUGUGAGAGUCUGCAGAAGUUGGACCUGACGGUGAACUUCGUCGGCCGUCUGAGCAGCGUGGAGUCUCUGAGGCACAACCUCCAGCUCACGGAGCUGUUUCUGGUGGGAAACCCCUGCACUGAGUUUGACGGCUACAGGCAGUUUGUUGUGGCUUCUCUGCCCCAACUGAAGUGGCUGGACGGGACGGAGAUCAGCCGGUCGGACAGGAUUCGAGCCUCUCAGGGACUGGAGGAGGUGAGGAGGCGAGUCCUGGAGCAGGAGAAGGAGCACCUGAGGAGGAGAGCCAGGGAGAAGGAGGAGGCGCAGAGGAAGGCUGAAGGAGAGGAGAAAGGAAACAAGGAGAGGAAGGCAGGCUUCGACGGCCGCUGGUACACCGACAUCAACAACACAGUUCCAACACUGGAGGAGAACAAGGAGAAGGAGGAGGAGGAGGAGAAGACGACGAGCCUCCUGGAUGAGGAGCAGAGGGAGAGAGAGUUCUGGCACACACCGUGUUCAUUCACCCCUGAAUCUCGUCUGGAGGCUCACCGCCACCUGGAGGAGAAGAGGAGGGCGAAGGAGAAGGAGAAAGAGAAGAAGCCGAAGGCCCCGAGGACCCUGAUCACCGCUGAUGGACGAGUCAUGAACGUCAACGAGCCAAAGCUGGAUUUCUCUCUGACUGAAGAUGGAGAAAACAACACUGUUGUCUUAGACCUGGCAGUUUACAGACACAUGGACACCUCCCUGAUCGACGUGGACGUUCAGCCGACGUACAUCCGAGUCAGCGUCAAAGGGAAGAUAUUUCAGAUGGUUCUGCCUGCUGAAGUGAAGCCCGACAGCUCGACAGCUCAGAGGUCCCAAACCACCGGACACCUGGUCCUCACCAUGCCCAGGGCUGAAGGUGAAAUCAAAGUGACAAAGACCGUCCCACGUCCACCCAGAGCGUGUCAAAACAGACGCCGCCGCUGGCCUCAGGACAAUAAAAGGAAAAAUAAUGUCCCCGAGCGGCUGGAGGUCGACCCCAGCAAGAACACGACCCUCGACCUCGCCAACAUCGUGCCACGCCAGAGCACCAGAGAAGGUCCGCUGGAGACGUCCAGGACGACUCCACCUGCCGCCACAGGUCGCAGCAGCUUCUCUGAAGGGUUUGUGGACAACCCCGACGUCCCUCCACUCAUAUAAACCUGGUUUCUGAGGUGUUUAUCCUGAAGUAAGAGACACAUCCACCACACUGCUCCUGGCAGGAACACUGUGAAACGAUACAGGGAGAAAAUGAGAGAAUAUAUCAGCCAGAUUCACAGUGUUAUAAAGCAGUAUUCCAGACAAUCAGAGUUAGAAAACACAGAGGAUUCUUGUUAAUUAUCAUCACUGAUUGAACUUGGACACAGACCUGAGUGCUCCUGACUUCACUGGACUUCAGGACAGUUGAUCGUCACAGAGAAACAUUUGAUAUCCAUCCAUCCAUCCAUGUGGCUGAAAGAUCUCAUCCUGUUUGGAAAUGAACUGAGGACGUCGAGGUUUGUGGUCGACACCUUAACUUAAACAGAAGCUGGUGUUCAUGAGUUUCAUGACCCUUUAACAUCUGUAAACCCUGAUGGUUCUUUAAACAAUAAUAAAACAGAACAGCUUCAUGGAGAA